AUGGGCUCCACGGCCAAACUCCGCGUCGCGGCGCUCGCCCGUGACACCAACGAGACCAAGAUCCAGCUCGCCCUCAACCUCGACGGCGGCAAGCUGCCCGCCGACACGCACCCCAAGCUCCUCGAGGCCACAGCCGCCCACGCCUCCCAGUCGACCAGCUCGCAGACCAUCUCGGUCAACACGGGAAUUGGCUUCCUCGACCACAUGCUGCACGCGCUGGCCAAGCACGCCGGCUGGAGCAUGGCCCUCAACUGCGAGGGCGACCUGCACAUCGACGACCACCACACCGCCGAGGACUGCUGCAUCGCCCUCGGCUACGCCUUCAAUAAGGCCCUGGGUUCGCUGACGGGCGUCGCUCGCUUCGGUUACGCCUACGCCCCGCUCGACGAGGCCCUCUCCCGCGCCGUCGUCGACCUCUCCAACCGUCCGUACAGCGUCAUCGACCUGGGCCUCAAGCGCGAGUGGCUCGGCAAGCUGAGCUGUGAGAUGGUGCCCCACUGCCUGCAGAGCUUUGCUCAGGCCGCCCGCGUCACUAUGCACGUCGACUGCAUUCGCGGCGACAACGACCACCACCGCGCCGAGAGCGCCUUCAAGGCCCUUGCCGUGGCUAUCAAGAUGGCGACGGCCCAGGUCAAGGGCAAGGAGGGUGAGGUACCCAGCACAAAGGGCACGCUGAGCGCGUAG